CCAGCUAUAUUUCACCCAUUCCUCCUUCCAUCAUUUUGUUAAGACCAAAACAUGAGGUCUUUCGCUUUUCUUUUCCUUUUCUCAACUAUGGUAGCCGUGGCAUUGGCCUCUACGUCCGAUAACGUAGAGGCCAUAAGCCAAGUGGUAGAAAUUCACCGUCUAAGGCCACAGACCGGUACCGCUGGUCAUCGCGUCCCACAGUUAGACUGCCUAAGCUGGCGUCUAGCUGUGGAGACUAACAACCUUCAGAACUGGAAAUUGGUGCCAAGUGCUUGUGAGAACUAUGUUGGUCACUACAUGCUGGGCAAACAAUAUCGACAUGACUGUGAGUUUGUAGCCAAGACCGCUAUUGAGUACGCCAAAGGCCUUAAACUUAGCGGAGAUGGAAAGGACGUUUGGGUAUUUGAUAUUGAUGAGACCACUCUCUCCAAUAUGCCUUAUUACGCUCGAUCUGAUGUUGCUUUUGGGGCUAUACCGUACAAUAAUACAAAAUUUAAUGCGUGGGUCGCUGAGGGAAAAGCACCUUCCAUUCCAUCGAUACUCCGUGUAUACAAGACGGUAUUGUCUCUGGGGAUCAAGCCCGUUUUCAUUACUGGGACUCGAGAGAAUUUCAGAAAUGUACGAAUUGCCAACCUCAAGAAAGUUGGUUACAGUAACUGGAUAAAGCUCGUACUAAAGGGAGAAAAUGAUACGGGAUCAGCAGUGGAGUUUAAAUCGAGCAAAAGAACAGAGUUGGUGAAGGCUGGAUAUAGAAUAGUUGGAAACAUUGGAGACCAAUGGACUGAUCUUAUCGGAGAGAACGUUGGUGCUCGUACUUUCAAAGUUCCUGACCCUAUGUACUACAUUAGUUGAUCAUUGUUUCUUUCUUCAUUCUCAAGCAAUUUUAAGCAUUCUAAUUAACAAGGGGAGUAGCUUUUUUAUUUGGUGACAUGUGAGACGCUUAGUUCACUGUUCCAAUAUUAUGUAUCAUGUCUUUGACGUUUCCUUUUCCCCUCCCUUUACUAUAAUAACGAAUUGCUUCAUUUUAA